GCUGUCAUUUACAUCGAGUAAAGACAUAGACCAUUUCUCAAGUAACAACAUGGUGACCAACAGUCAGAAUGUUAGCAACAGCAAACAGCUGCUUAUUAGUUACGUCAGUGCCGAGGCUGCGGAACACGCUGUCAACUUGAAGAGGAAGCUCACGGGUUUAGGCUACUCUGUGUUUCUGGAUGUGCAUGAAAUCAGAUCAGGAGUUGAUUGGCAGGAUGCCCUUAAUUAUGCAGUCAGUAACUGUGAAGUGUUUAUUCCUUUGGUUACUCCCCGUUACGGAGAAACCCAGUGGACAAAUAGAGAGGUAAAACUUGCUGAUGUGCUUGGAAAACCAAUUUUACCAGUCAGCUUUCUAGAAGAAUGGCCACCGAAAUGUCUGGCUAUUCAAUUUGCUACAACACAGUUUAUUUGGUGGAAAUCUCCUGAAUGUAUUUCAUUAGAGCUGGCAUCAGGGUAUGGAGCAGAAGCAAGAAAUAUCAGAAUAUGGAAAGAAAAAUACAUUGAAAUUGUAGCAGUAGAAAUUGAAAAGCGGCUGAAAAUUAUGAAGUCAGCCAAGGUUUCAAAACCUGCCCUGAAAAGAAUGAAAACAUUGGUGAAAACAUUUGCUGGUCGUCUGCCUGCAACAAUAUCCCCUGAGUUGACACGCCAGGACAGUGAGGAACUGCAGGGACCCCAGAUCGUUAUCUGUGUCCAUCCGUGUGAGGCCAGUUAUGGCUUCCAGCUGAAGGACUGGUUAGAAGAAGCUGGGUAUUCUGUCUGGACUUCCCCAAAUCUGGGACAUUUUUCAUCUUAUGGAAAAAUAGAUUUGAUCUCUAGUAAAGAAGCUGUACAGCACAAUGAAACAGGUGAGAAAAAGGAGAAUACAACAGAAAUAGUUCGUACGGAUGAAGCAGAAAGUCCAAUCAAAAUAACAGCAGGUCAAGUGAAUGAGUUCCAGGAGGUUGUUGAUAGAGCUACGGUGGUCAUCAUAGUUUUAUCAAAAGCAUUUACAGAAUCAUGGAUCUGUAGGCAGCAGGUGUACUACUGUGAACACAGAAAGCAGAUUUUGCCUAUUGUCUAUGAAGAGUUCAGGGUGCCAUGCUGGCUGAAGAUGCUGAUCAGAACCAAGAAACUUCUAAGUGUGAACAAGUCCAGUUUUUAUCAAAUUUUGUUAAUGCAAGUUAAACGUGCUCUGGACCCAACUGCCAAAAACUGCCUGGAAACAGAUAGUCUGGAGGCUAAUAAAACACUAGCUGUAGACUACCUGAGGAAGUCACUGGAUGUUAAAUACUGUGUCUAUGUGUCAGGAGCUACCAAAUUCUCUGAUGCCAGAUCUGAGGCUGUGUGCAGAUCCAUAGGAACCCAUCUUGCCAAGCUCAACAAUGUUGCUGUGGUGACAGGAGGUUGCUAUGGUACAAGCGAACGUGUAGGCCGCACAUUUUAUGAAGAAUGUAAGAAACGGUCUCUGAAGUCAACAGUUUGGCAUAUUCUCCCUGAGCAGGACUCACAGGACAUGAGUGAGCGAUACAAUCAGAGCUCUGAUGGAACAUUUGCUCUCAAAGAUUUUGGCCAGACGCUGUUUUGUGGGAACAGUGUGUGGGAGAAAGAAGCCAUCGUGGGAAGAUGUUUCCAGAUUUGUUUGCUUAUUGAAGGUGGACCAGAUGCCUCUCAUGAAGUAGAAGAGUUUGUCUGGAAUGACCACAUUAUUAUACCUGUCUACUGUGCAUAUGAGACUGAUACCAUUCGAGAAGAGUGCAGAGCUACAGGCAAGAUGUUCCCACUACCACCAGGUGUAUCUGAGUGGGAUUGGAAAUGUCUAAAUGACAGGACAACAUCGGUGGAGGGAGUUGGAGCUGCAGUUAAAAACAUUAUAGCUGACCUGCUUCAACACCUGAACCAACAAGCAGAGUUACCUGUAGAAGAUGAACCAGAAUCGCCACUGUUUUCAGACGCAUAA